AUGACAGAUCCAUUAAUUAAAAGAUCAGGUUUUCAAGAUGAAGAAGACUUAUCAACUUUAAAAUUUCCUAAAGAUUUAAAAGACGCUAAAUUUUUAUUAAACUCUGAAGUUGCAAUUUUAUUAGAACAUAGAAAACUUGGAUCUGAAAAUGAAGGUUUAGAAUUUACUCAAACUUUUCAUAAAACAUUAGCAUAUGCAGAAAAAUUUAGUAGAUAUAAAAAUAAAACCUCGAUUAAACAAGUUAGAGCAGCAUUAUCAAAACAAAAUUUAGAAGAGUUUCAAAUUGCUAGUUUAGCAAAUCUCUGUCCUGAAACAGCUGAUGAAGCUAAAAGUUUAAUUCCAAGUUUAAAAGAAAUGGACGAAGAUGCUCUCCAAGCAAUUUUAGAUGAAUUAUCAAAUCUUAGAAAAUUUAAUUAA